AUGAAUCCUCUACUCUUCCUGGCUAUCCUUUCCUUUGGAAUAGCCUCAGCUGCUCCAACAGUUGAUCCUAACUUAGAUGCCCAAUGGAACCAGUGGAAGAUAAAAUACAAUAAAACAUAUGAGCCGAAUAAAGAUGUAUGGAGAAGAUCAGUAUGGGAGAAGAAUCUAAAAAUGAUCCAUCAGCACAAUUUGGAACACAGCCAGCAGAAACAUAGCUUCACAAUGGAAAUGAAUGCCUUUGGUGACAUGACCAAUGAAGAAUUCAGGAAAGUGAUGAAUGGUUUUCGGAAGCAGAAGCGCAAGACCGGGAACUUGUUCCAGGAAUUUAUGCAUCUUGAUGUUCCCGAAUCUGUAGAUUGGAGAGAGAAAGGCUAUGUGACCCCCGUGAAGAAUCAGGGUGACUGUGGUUCUUGUUGGGCUUUUAGUUCAACUGGUGCUCUUGAAGGACAGAUGUUCCGGAAAACCGGCAAACUUGUGUCACUGAGUGAGCAGAACCUGGUGGACUGCUCUAUUUCUGAAGGCAAUUUUGGCUGCAACGGUGGAAUAAUGGAUAAUGCCUUCCUGUAUGUUAAGGACAACGGAGGCCUGGACUCAGAGGAAUCCUAUCCAUAUGAAGCAGUGGAUGACUCUUGUAAAUACAAUCCCAAGAACUCUGCUGCUAACGACACUGGCUUCGUGCACCUCCCUGUGGAGGAAAAGGCCCUAGAGAAAGCAGUGGCAACUGUGGGGCCCAUCUCUGUUGGAAUUGAUGCAAGCGCUGAUUCUUUCCAGUUCUAUAAAGAAGGUAUUUAUUUUGAACCAAACUGCAGCAGCGUAGAGUUGGAUCAUGCUGUUCUGGUGGUUGGCUAUGGCGUAAUGGAAGAAGCAUCAACUAAUAAUAAAUUUUGGCUGGUCAAAAACAGCUGGGGUAAAAAUUGGGGCAUGGAUGGCUACAUAAUGAUGGCAAAAGACCGAAACAAUAACUGCGGAAUUGCCUCAUAUGCCAUGUAUCCCACGGUGUGA